GGGUAUUCGUGACUGGACGUCUGGGGGGGAUCACACACAUUUCCGAUUAGGAGGGAAAGAGACAGAGAGAGAAAGAGAGAGAGAAGGGAGGGAGGGAGUAAGAGAGAGAGAGAGAGAGAGAGAGAGAGAGAGAUUACCAUUUCAUUCCAGCCAAUGAGACAAGCGAUACACUAAGAUUUUCAUAGUUGUGCAGGAGCUCAAAGUGAGCGGAGUGUGUGUGAACUUCCAGGUAAAGCUGCAGACCGACCUAAGCCUCAGAGGCCGCUGCUUCCGGCUUUGAUGACCACACUCUUUAAAGCAGGUGGACAGACGCAGGCAUGAGCGAGAGUGGGACCAAAGAGCCGUCUCCUCAGUCGAGCACAGCCCAGUCGCCUGAGGAGCCCCAGCGCAGGGGCAGGGGUCGACCUCGGAAACAGCAGCAGGAGCCCGUUGGACCACCGACCCCAAAGAGGCCCAGAGGACGACCAAAAGGCAGCAAGAGCAAAGGCCCCAGAACUGCACUGAAGAAAGUAGAGCCUGUUGGGCAGAGGAGACCACGAGGACGUCCGAGAAAAUGGCCCAGGAAGGUGGUUCCAGAAGUGACUGAAGAGCAGCAGGGCCCUUCGGAGGAGGCCGCGGAGGGCCCCUCGUCAUCUCAGGUGCCUGUGCAGGAGGAAUCGGAGUAGAUGGGAUACCUCUCUACCUACCUCAGUGUUUGGCCUCAAGCAAACAGGGGUACAAUCUGACUCCCUAUCUGUGAUGGGAAAUCAGGAACACACACACCCACACACACUCACAUUCUCAAAAAGAAAAUCCUCACAGACCACAGUUUCCUCUCCUAAUAUAAACAGCACCAUGGAUUUGUUGUUGCUUUGUUUGUGCGAUUGGUAAAGGUAUGGUUCCAACUUGUGGGAGAAGCAUUUUAUGUGGAGAGGGGACAGAAAAAAAAUUAG